AUGCAAUUGAAACAAUGUAUUGUCUCUCAAACUGAAAACAAUGAAAGAAUUUUAGAAUUUAUCAAACAAAGGAACGAGAAUUUCAAAGACUCUCCCACUAAAAUGAUAGAUUCAUGUCUUGAAAGAAAUAGAAAAAACAUUAUUCUCGAUAAAGUAAUGGUCAAUGCAAAUACUCUAUCACAAUAUCUCACACUUGUUCCAGAGGAUAUCAAAGCUUUAACUGCAAUGCAUUUUCAAACCAUCGCUG